AUGGCUCCACCACCGAUGAUGACGAAUGGUGUCAAUGGAACAACACUGGGGAUGCCACGUCGGAAGAGAAUGAUUAUGCACAUGACAUUCUAUUGGGGAAAAGACGCUUUGAUCCUUUUCAAAGGGUGGCCAGGGACAAAUAACAUAGGCAUGUAUGCAUUGGCUUUGAUAUUCGUGUUUUUUAUGGCUCUUUUAGUGGAAUGGCUUGCUGAUGCCAUGUCAAGGAUGAAAUCCGAUGGUGCAGCGUCUGGAUUGGCUCAGACGAUGCUGUAUGGCUUACGUGUGGGGAUUGGAAACAUGGUGAUGUUGGCUUUGAUGUCAUUUAAUGUUGGAGUUUUUUUGGUGGCUGUAUUGGGACAUACAUUAGGGUUCUUUUUCUUUCGGGUGAUAAUCAGAUCGAGAGAGGAGAGAGAUGUGAUUUCGAAUAGUUGCUGA